AUAUCUGAAAAAUAAAAUGGCGGGAUAAUUUGGUGAGAAAAGAGCAUUGGGCGCCUUUUCUUAUGAUCUUCCUCCUCCUCUGUAUAAAGCCUACCUUCCAUCCCUCCUUCCCACUUCAAUUCUAUCCAUUAGCAGUAAUGGCUCCAUCUCAACCAGAGUCCCACGCCACCAACGGCUCCUGCCAGCCAUCGCCCAACGACGUUUCUUCAACCCCUCCCUUUCUACGCGUCAAAAAGCUCUCCGAUAAGGCCGUUUUGCCCUCCAGGGCUUCCCCUCUCUCCGCUGGUUACGAUCUCUCUAGUGCGGUCGAGACAAAGGUGCCUGCCAGAGGGAAGGCUCUGGUAGCCACUGACAUCAGCAUCGCGAUUCCAGAAGGGACCUAUGCACGCGUUGCUCCACGGUCGGGAUUGGCGUGGAAGCACUCAAUCGACGUGGGUGCCGGAGUGAUUGAUGCGGACUACAGGGGGCCGGUUGGUGUUAUACUGUUCAACCAUUCCGAUCUGGAUUUUGAAGUGAAGGUUGGAGAUAGGGUUGCGCAACUUAUCAUUGAGAAGAUUGUCACUCCCAGUGUUACUGAGGUUGAUGAUUUAGAUGAAACUGUGAGGGGUGAAGGUGGGUUUGGAUCUACAGGGGUUUGAUUUGUUCUGUUGUCUUGGUUAUUUUGUAGAGCAGUUGGUGGGGUGUAAAAGAAUUAAACCCCUUUUUAGGUAUUAUCUCUGAAGUUAUCAGACAUUAUAUGUGAAUGCUUAGUUUAAAUUCUGUGCCCAAGAUUUGCGAAUGAAAUUUUACUUUGAAUUUUGUGAUGAAACAAUCAUUUUGUA